CAGCGAGGCUAUUAAGGCGAUGGUUUCAGCUCGUUUCCUCAUCACUGUGAGUUUGCGCAGUUGUCAGAUAGAGAAGAUCGGGCCAAGAUGUUUUUCACUCUGCUUUCACCAACAACCUGGACCUUGCUGGCUCUCUUGUUCGCCCUCUUGUGGCUGUAUGGAACGUGGCCUCACAGUGUCUUCAAAAAUCUGAACAUACCCGGACCAAAACCUCUACCUUUUGUUGGGACAAUAUUCGGAGUAAGGAAGGGAUUGUUUGCUUUUGACUCGGAGUGCCAGGCCAAGUAUGGAGAUGUGUGGGGAUUGUAUGAUGGACGAAGCCCGGUGCUGAUGGUGGCAGAUCCCGAGAUGAUUAAAACGAUAAUGGUGAAGGAAUGUUACAGCGUGUUUACAAAUCGCAGGGACACUGAAAUUCCCGGACCGUUCGAGGAUGGAAUUACAGUUGUCAAGGAUGACAGGUGGAAACGGAUUCGCAGCACAAUCUCUCCAUGUUUCACCAGUGGAAGACUCAAACAGGUUUUCCCCAUCGUUGCUUCCUAUGCAGACCGGCUUCUCAAAAAACUUGAACAAACAAAUUUGGAUGAGCCCAUCCAUGUCAAACAAUUUGUGGCUCCAUACAGUUUGGAUACAGUGGCCAGUGCAUCUUUUAGUGUGGAGAUGGACUCAAUUAACAAUUCAGAAGAUCCUGUUAAUGUCCACAUCCAAAAGCUUUUUAACAUCAAUUUUUGGCCAUUUAUUUUGUUAAUGAUAUGUCCUUUUGCCGGUCGCCUGUUGAAUUCCUUAAACAUUGGAAUGCUGCCCAAAGCUGAGUCGGAUUUUUUCCUUAACAUCAUCAAAAAAUUCAAAGAUCAGCAUAAAGCAGGGGAAUCUACUCGACAGGACUUCCUGCAGGUGAUGGUUCAGAGCGAGAUCCCAGAAAAUGAGAUUAAGAAUGAACAAGAACAGCCAAGUAAAGGUUUGACCGAACCAGAAAUUGUUGCUCAGGCCUUCACCUUUAUCUUAGGUGGCUAUGAGACAACCAGCACCACCCUGUCUUUUAUUCUUUACAACCUGGCCACAAACCCUCAUGCAAUGCACACCUUGCAGAAAGAAAUCGAUGCUAACCUGCAGAAAAAUGCUUCCUUUUCCUACGAAGAGCUGAACGAUCUGCACUACUUGGACCAGGUCAUUUUGGAGUCGAUGCGUGUGCUCCCCACAGCACCCCGCCUUGAGAGGGGAUGCAAAAAGACCGUUGAGAUCCAAGGUUUCACCAUUCCAGAGGGUACCGUGGUUGGAAUUCCUGUGAUGAAUUUGCACAAAGACCCACGCUACUGGAGCUCCCCUGAGCUUUUCAGACCAGAAAGGUUCAGUAAGGAAAAUGAGGGGGAACUGAACCCGUAUGCGUACAUGCCCUUUGGCCUGGGUCCUCGUAACUGUGUUGGGAUGCGCUACGCAAUCCUGGUCAUGAAGAUGGUUAUUGUGCGUCUCCUGCAAAACUACACCCUGGAAACAUGCAAAGACACCUUGAUUCCUCUGCAGUUUGACUGGAAGUUUCAACCUCUCAAACCUAUAAAACUCAAGUUUGUUCCCAGAAAACAAUAAUUCAAGAGAUCUAACCCACAAAUAUGGUCUGCAUCUGCUCAUAGGGUUGGGUCAUUUUUUAACUUUAAAAAAAGAAAUUGACAGAAUCUGUGCAUGUUUUUUUUCUUUUCUUGUUUUCUCAGAUGGUUUAUAUUUCAAGUUUUUAAAACAUUUUCUUCUACUUGUUUUCUUUGUCAUUUUUAAAAAGUUCAAAUGCUGCACUGUGUGAUGAUUCUAUUUGUGUCAAAAACCUCUCUUUUUGUCCAAUAUUAAGUUCUUUAGUAUUCAUUUUUGAUUAAGAAAUUGCUAAAAACAUGCAGAUUAAUAAUAAAGUUUGUACAAAUCUUUG